AUGGAAGCUCUGGGUGGGUUCAUUUCGCCUACCUUCGUUACUUUGCUCUUGGGUAUCUUCAUUGCUCCUGGAAUAUGGACGGCGAUCCAGCGACUCUAUUUUCAUCCCCUCCGGCACAUCCCUGGUCCUAGGCUGGCCGCUAUUAGUGAUUGGUAUGGAUACUGGUACAACGUGUUUGGUAAUGGAUCCUAUAUAAAGUCGUUUCCUGAUCUUCACCGAGAAUCCAAGUCGGCUGUCAUCCGGAUUGGUCCCAACCAUAUUCAUGUGAGCGAUCUGGACUUUUACCACAUAGUCUUUGGUACCGGAAGCAAAUACCAGAAGGAUAUCACCUUCUACCGUGAUCUUAUGGACGCCCCUGGGGCGUUUCUUAGUAUUACGGACCCCUACGACUUUCGCCAGUACCGGCAUCACUUCAGUUCCCUCUUCUCAGCGCGCGCUGUAACUGCUCUCCUUCCCACAAUGAUGGUAGAACUUGAGAAAGUCUCACGGAUCCUCCUCGCGGCUAAGGAGGAAGGUAAACCUGUUGACCUUCAGCAUAUUUACCGGUCGGUAACUGGAGAUAUUGCCUGUGAAGCCAUGUUGGCUCGCUCACCCGAGUUCCUAAGCGAAGGAGAGAGAGGCCAUCCACUACUGGGGAUGCUUGAUGUCCCAGCAGGAAUUACAUGGCUAUCUAUGGCUUUGCCUCAAAUUAGCACCAUUUUAAGCGCCAUUCCAAUUGUCGGGAAAAGGGUCACUGAUGAGCUAUGCAAGUUUAGUACGCUGUGUGGUGGCUGGUCGCAAGAAGCGCAGACGCAGAAGAUGAAGGGCAUUACGCCGGACAGGAGAGGGUAUUUUGACCUGAUCUUAGACAUGGAUCACUGCGAUCGCGUGAAGCAUAUACCGAACCCACUUAAGGACCCAUUUGACCUGUUAAUCGCGGGGGUUGGCACGACAAGCCAUGUUCUAUCUUGCGCCAGUUUCUAUAUUCUGAAUGACCCGAAUGUUCUCCGCAGGUUGCGCGAGGAACUGGACGCAGAGAACCCUUUCGCAAACAAAACACCCGAUAUCAAUCACAUCCGGGCCUUACCCUACUUGACUGCGGUGGUGCGAGAAAGUCUUCGCAUGGCUCAUCCAACACCUGGACUAAUCCCCAGAGUAGUGCCACCUGGCGGCGCCCAAAUAGGAUCAGUUUCUGUGCCUGGAGGAGUCACGAUCUCAAUGGCGAAUGCCAUGGUGGAGAUGAACGAGGUGUUGUUCCCAGAGCCUCAUCGCUUCAACCCAGAUCGGUGGAUGAAAUCAGAGAAAGAUGUCGAGAAAUGGGUAGUGGCCUUUAGCAAAGGGCCUCGCAAGUGCCCCGGAAUGAACAUUGCUUACAUGCAAUUAUACUGCUGUAUCGCAUACAUCUUCUCUCAGUUUGACCUCGAACUAUUUCAGACCAAUUCUGCAAGUAUGGCUUGGGCCGAUAAUCUUUCGGGUCAGAAUAAAGAGCAUGUAAAGGUGAUGGUGAAGGCGCUUCACUAA